CUUCUGUUUUUAAAUCCACCAGAAUUUUCUGUGGCGAAUUUCAUCAAAUUUCGGCACAUAAACUCGCUUGAUACCAAAACUAACGUGAUAAAACUACACAUUAAGUGACAAAUAUGGAUGAUUCGAAGGAAGAAAAUCAAUUUGUCGUGGACGAUGUUUCGAAGAUCAUCAAGGAAGCAAUCGAGAACACAAUUGGCGGGAAUGUCUAUCAGCACGACAAAGUCAAUAACUGGACGGGAGCCGUAGUGGAAAAUUGCCUGAAUGUCUUGACCAAAUUACAAAAGCCUUACAAAUACAUCGUUACUUGUAUGAUUAUGCAGAAGAAUGGCGCAGGAUUGCACACGGCAUCGUCCUGCUUUUGGAACAAUGAAACAGACGGAAGUUGUACGGUGCGUUGGGAGAACAAGACAAUGUACUGUAUCGUUUCCGUGUUUGGCCUUGCAAUCUAAUUAAAUGUAAAAAAAAAGAUAUUUUAAGAAAAGUAGAUGAAGAAGUGAUGAAAGACAUUUUCCUGUUGGAUGGAGCUUUGCGCGAAAAAUGCUCAAAAUUUUAAGUAGAUAGCGUUAAAUUUCGUUUUUUGGAGAUAUUUAUUUUUUAGGAGGCCAUUUAUUUUGUAGUUAGAGUCAUUCACACAACUAAAUACCUAGUUAGACGUGACUUGAAACAUAAUCAGUGUGUUCAAUCCGCACCAUCAUCAUCACCCGUUAUGAAGAAAAAAAAAUACCAAUUAAAUUAUAUUUUACGAAUAACAAGCUUUCAUGCGAAUUCUGUAAUAACAAUUUGUAUUAUUUCUAAUUCUAAUUAAAUUUUAAGUUUUUUAUUUUGAUUAAUAAAUAAAAUCAUUAAU